GCGCUGGGUUUACCCCUAUUUCAUUUAACGUAGGGUCUGUUCACGUGUGGUUGUGUGUCGCUAAUUUUAUUAGUAUCACACACCACUCGAUAAAAUCUUUGUCAUAAAAUUAAAAAAAUAACCAAAAAAAUUACAAAAUAACCUAAAAAACCCCCCCAUAAAAAUUGCAAACGGUUUUAGAAACAGAAGUAUACAAGCAGUUUGUGUUCGUGACGUUGUUGCUUUGGAUAUGGUGCUGGCUGCUACUUCCACCCACGACUACUGUGGGAACUAGUCUCCUUUAUAAGAAGAGGUGUGACUUGGCUGCAAAAUGAAUCCUAGUGGCCCCAGCUAUCCUCUAGCCUCCCUCUAUGUUGGGGUCCAUGCUGAUUGUACAGGCAUGUUAUUUGAGAAGUUCUCCUCUGCUGGCCCUGUGUUGUCCAUCCGUGUGUGCAGAGACAUGAUCACUCGUCGCUCCCUAGGCUAUGCAUAUGUCAACUUUCAACAACCUGCAGAUGCAGAACGUGCACUAGACACAAUGAAUUUUGAUGUCAUGAAGGGUCGUCCCAUCCGUAUCAUGUGGUCCCAGCGUGAUCCUUCCCUUCGGAAAUCUGGUGUUGGCAAUGUGUUCAUCAAAAAUUUAGACAAGUCUAUUGAUAAUAAGGCCAUGUACGACACCUUCUCGGCCUUUGGAAACAUUCUUAGUUGUAAGGUUGCUACUGAUGAGGCUGGAAAUUCUAAAGGUUAUGGUUUUGUUCAUUUUGAAACUGAGGAAGCUGCUAGAAAUGCCAUCCAAAAAGUUAAUGGUAUGUUGCUUAAUGGCAAGAAAGUAUACGUAGGGAAGUUCAUUCCUAGGGCAGAGCGUGAGAAGGAGUUGGGAGAGAAGGCAAAACGUUUCACUAAUGUGUACGUUAAGAACUUCGGCGAUGACCUAGAUGAUGAAAAGCUCUACGAAUUUUUCUCGGCAUUUGGUAAGAUUACCAGUCAUAGAGUAAUGUGUAAUGAGGAUGGCAAAUCAAAGGGCUUUGGUUUUGUUGCAUUUGAAGAACCAGAAGCUGCUGAAAAAGCCUGUGAUGAGUUUAAUGGCAAAGAGAUGAAUGGAAAACAAAUUUAUGUGGGAAGAGCUCAGAAGAGGGGCGAACGACAAGCUGAGCUGAAGAAGAAAUUCGAGAUGAUGAAAAUAGAACGCAUGAACAGGUACCAGGGUGUGAACCUUUAUAUCAAGAAUCUAGACGACACCAUUGAUGAUGAAAGACUGCGCAAGGAAUUCUCCAACUAUGGUACAAUCACCAGUGCCAAGGUGAUGACUGAAGAUGGCCGUUCAAAGGGCUUUGGAUUUGUCUGCUUCUCAACCCCAGAAGAAGCCACCCGUGCUGUUACAGAGAUGAACGGUAGGAUCUUGGUCAGCAAGCCUCUGUACGUUGCCUUGGCUCAACGUCGUGAAGAUCGUAAGGCACACCUUGCUUCGCAGUACAUGCAGCGUGUUGCUGGUAUGCGCAUGCAGCAAAUGGGACAGAUGUUCCAACCAGGUGGCACAAGUUACUUCAUGCCAACCAUGCCUCAAGCUCAAAGAUUCUAUACUCCACAGAUGGCCCAGAUCAGAGCCACACCACGUUGGCCUGCACAACCUGCUACACUUGUCGGCUUAGCCCCUUUCCUUUGA